GUCCACUUCCUUCUCUUACGGCGUGAAAUCAAUAAACUGCAGCGGUGAAAACUGAAGUCGGAAGAGAGAAGAAAACCGAAGAGCCGACGGCUGAAGGGUCCUGCUGGAUGAAGCCUCCAAGAAACUCAGAUGAAGCGGGGUGUGGGGGGGUUAUAGACUUCAAAAUAAGAGAAAAGCAGCAGUAAACAAUUAGUUAAAUAUCCACCCUGGAUCGAAUCUGCUCUCAAAGAGGUGAACCAAACAUGGUGCACGUCUACAACUGCCAUCCGUUCUCCUCACAGCAGAUAGUGCAGGUGGAGCAGGAGCCUGGACUGGUCUGCUGUGGAGGUGGAGCGCUGUUUGUGGUGGCUACCGGAGGAUGCAAGGUGGAGGCCUACAGUGUGGAGAAGGAGGGGUGCCCUCUCAUCUGUCGCUUCGCCACCAUGGGCACUGUGAAGAGCAUCCAGCACAGCAAGAUAGGAGAUUACCUGGUGACCAUUGAGGAAAAGAACAGCGCCACCUACCUGAGAAUCUACACUAACUGGCGCUACCAGGCGGAGGAGAAGGCCCGUGUCGGGGUGCGUUUGUUGGGCCACCUGCUGCGUGGCGCGUCUGUGCGGGGUGGAGUCCAGAUGGAGAUCAUUGAGAUCCCUCUGUCAGAGCGUCCUGUUGCUGUGGCGUGUUGCUCCGUAACAGGAGACCUUCUGGUCGGAUGCGAGAACACCCUGGUUCUGUUUACGUUGAGGAGACAGAACCAGCAGAGCCUGCAGAAUCAGAGUCAGCAGAUCCUUCAGAGCACCUGGCCGAACACGCAGCAGAGCUCCAGUCAGAGUCAAGGUCAGACCUCAAGUUCAAACCAGAAUGUUUCCAUCCUGGAUUUUGAGCGCUCGGUUAUCCUGCAUCUUCCGAAAAUCAAGCCUAAACGGGUGGCGCUGUGUGGAGGAUAUGUGGCAGUGCAGACGGAGCUGGAGGUGCUAGUACUGAAACUGGAUGAAUCCUCCGAACCUAAAACCGCGGAAGAAUCAUCGGACACAAAUAAAGCAGAUCAUCUAGAAGACCAGGCUGACUUUCUGCUCCUUCCGAGACAUCAGGAGCUGCUCGGUGAUCGAGCUAAAGACUGCGACAUCGCUGUCACCAUUGAAAAGACUGGGCUGGAAGACAGAGGACAAUACACACUGUCAUACAUUCUCUUCAGGCGUUUCACUCCAGACUUCUUCCAGGGCUGCAGUGUGGAGGAGACUCAGCUCCACUCCCUACAGCUCUACCCGCUGUUCACCAGUACUCAGUCAGCGUCUCUGGAGGAACCAGCAUGUGUGUUUUGCUUCUUCUCUCUACCCAACGCCGGCUACCUGUACAGUCUGAAGGGUGGUGUGGAGCUCCUCUCAGUCUAUCAGUAUCCAGAGAAGGUCCUGGAGGCGGUGCUAACAGACUACCUGCUGCACGUCAUAACCAAGAAUGCAUUGCAGUGUUUCACGGUGCGCUGUGCAGCAGUAACAGCCAGGAUCGAAGACCCCUACAUCGAUACCACCAUGAAGGCCUGUCCACCCUGCAGCCUGGAGGUGUGUGCGCUCAGGAUGCAGCUGUUUAUUGGUCUGCGAUCAGUGUGUGUCUACGGCCGCCAUGUCAUCCUGCUCUCCACCGCUGACACAGACACACCAGAGGAGACCGAACGCACCACACAGCGCAGAGGCCUCGAGUUGAAAGAGCACACCAUGCUGACUGGUAUUUUCCUGGCGGUGGGAAUCGAUCCCGCAACCACGCCAGCUCUGGAGAGCCUCCUAUCACGCCCCUUCCUGAGCAGGAAGUGGACAAUGUCUUCUCCCAAAGAAACCAGCACAGCGGGACACGGGUGGAACCUCUAUGUGGUCGACACCGUCUCCCCCCUCACUCUUUACCAAGAGAUGGUUGAAUACAGUCAGCGGUAUGCAGAGUCCAACCCUCAGGCCCAAAGCCUUCGGCACCUCCUCAGUGAAGCUCACCUCCUCCUCCGCGCCUCCUUACUCCAAACAUCGGGGCAGCAGCAGCACAGCGAGGGAGACCCCGCGGUGUCUCUGCAGACAGACACAGACACAGCUGUGCAGACAGACAGUCAAGAACUGGAAGAAGCACUCAGGCAGAACUGUGCACAGCUGGGAGACUGUUUCAGCAGGAGCGGUCAGAAGGACUGCCAUCUGGCUUUGCCGUACUACAGGAUGUCUGGUCUGCCUGUCACAGAGGUCAUGGCCAGAAACCGCCCGGUUCCCAGCAGCCCUCACUCCUACGGCCCCGGCUUCCUGUUUUACCUAAAGCAUUACCUGUUCGAAGAAACAGAGCAGUGCCUCAGUCAGGAAGCUGCUGAUGAGGUCAUAGACAUUUUCAGCCAAUCGGAGCCCUCGCAGCUGGUCAGCGUGUGUGCCAGCCCGCCCAUGGUAAACGUCAGUCCUGCCCGGACGAUGCAAAUCUUACAACAUCUGGAGGACACGGCCGGCGUGUCGGUUCCCCUGACGAUCACCAUGGCAACCAUGAUGCUGCUUUUGGACGACCUGCCGCGAUACACACAGAUGAUGGAAAGACACGCUGAGAUGCUGCUGGUGUACGGGUUCAUUGAGGAGUCCAGGCUGUUGCUGCACGGUGGAGGUGGAGGCCAGCACGCACACAUCCGCCCCACGGCGUUGACUCGCCAGUUGGCAAAGUCCCAACCGGGGCUGCUGGUGGCUGCCAUGGUGGCCCUACAUGAAAACAACAAAGUUCAACUGGAACAGGCUGAUCAAAUAUUCAAGGAGCUGGGCUGUGAGAAUUGCUUACAGGUGGAUUUCUGGGAGGCGAUGCUCAUGGCCUCCUCACAGGAAGCCGUCAUCCAGGAACUUCUGUUCCGAGUGGCGUCUGUCUACAUCGACCGACUGGCAAACUCAGAGCCUCCACCCACACCUUCAAGACGCAGGUCGCUGAAGAGCGCUGAAGAUCUGAUAAACUCCUGCAUCCAUUACGGUGCUCUGUACCCGUGGCUCACUGUUCUCAGUCCAGCUCAGACUACCAGCUCCCAACACCAGGAGGCGCUACACAAACUGCAGUCUCUCCUGUGUGGUCCGUCCCUGUCUGUGGGCUCCGUCGUGCCUCUUCUAGAGCGCCUGUCAGAGGAAACCUUAUGGGGCUUCAGCCUGCACCUCCUCUGUUCCACCAGAAGGGGGCAGUACGACAGCAGCAUUGAAAAGCUGCUGGACCGAUGUCCUCAGGCCAUCAUAGCCUACGCCAACCAUCAGUUACAAGACAAGAAUAUGGUGUUGUGGUGGCAGAAGCUGCUCCCUGAGCUUUGUAACAGGACAAGAGCUGCAUCAGACAACAGCAUCCUAUUGGCUGCUCUCAAAGAGACGCUGGUUGUGGUUGCCAUGGAGACGAGCCCCACAGAGUUUCUGGAGCUGAUACCUGACGACGGCACCGCCUCGUACUUCCUGCCACACCUGUUGACAUGCAGCCAGAAACACUUGCUGGCCUGACCCAAGCAUACACACACACACAGACACACAAACACAACACAACAUAACACACACAUUGAAUAGACAAAGACAAAGGGCUGACACUAUGACAAACACAUAGUGUCACUCCUUCUUGAAUGAAUGCGUGUCGAUGCACAGAAUGACUGCGGUACUCACUACUGCACCGGAGCAGUUGAGGGUUCAGUGAUUUGCUCAGAAGACCCUCAGCAGUGUGUGUUUGAGGAUGAUACAAGCUGACAACACUCACAACAUAAUCCUGGAUCUCUAAUCUCGACGCUAUGAGCAGCAUUUUGUUCUCAGACAAUCAAUGGACAGGUUUUUUCGUGUUUGUGAUGGCACAAAUACUUGACCACCUUUUGGAGUUUGAAGCAGUUAAAUUAAACAUUUAAUCAGCCACUCUGGUGAUGUAUCUGUUUUUAGCUGACAAAGUAUAUUAAAAAAAAGAAUAGAAUAUACAGGCUACACAAGAACAGACUGCAGUAUAUUAAAAAAGAUAUUAAAAAAAUGGUUUUAGGUUCCCCUUCAGGUUCCUGGUAGCUACGCAAUCCAUCUUAUAAAUGCAAUAUUCUUCUUCUUUCCUGGAUUUUUAGUUGUUGUUUGUACAUGGAUAUUGCUUUGCAUGAGUUUGGUUUGUCUUUCAUAUUUUUACUUGUAAUUUCUGUAACAGUUUUAAAGUAUGUUUGUUUGUAUCUCACACUGUCACAGCUGCAGAGACACAUGUCUAAACAUGUAAGUUAUAUACUGUAUGCGGUGACAAAAACAUUAAUGUUGAGCUACUAUGAGAAUUUAUUUUUUAUUUAUUAGCAGUUUGUAGUCCUAAAACUGGUCCUGCAAUCCUAAAAACGAAGAGUUUAAAGCACUUUAGAACUGAGGGGGCCACCACCAGAUUUUUGUCUAAUUUUUUGAUUCAGUAAAUGCAAAGAAAAAAUAAAUUAGAAAACCUUUA